AUCCGAUAUGGAUGAAGCUAAUGGUUCGGCUGAAGCGUUAGGAAGUCUAUAAAAGAAAAGUUUUGAAGAUAUUCCUGGGCCCACAGUACUUUGGGGAGGGUGUUCGGUGGGCUGAUGAUGUCAGUGUUCGAGUAUAGUUGUCGGCCUGAUUAAAGUUAUAACUACAUUUGUCGCCAGGACAUCGAAGGAAAAAUGCCAAACGAUAAAAUCCCAGUGCUUUUUAUGUACACAUCCCCGCUAACUCAAUCACCCAGUGGAGUAGACGUCUCAAUCAGCAGGCCCAUUGAUCCCGGCACCGAUAUCUGGCGGGAGUCCCUCAGGGAGACGGUAGCCUACACCCUCAAUUCUACCGAAGCCUUCUAUACGCAUUCAAAAAUCCUUGUUACGGUGCUCAACCGCCCUGUUGUAGGUAUCGCAGCGGCACUAAUCUCGUUUUCUGAUUUCAUCUCCUGCGCACCCCAUGCCUACCUUCUCACCCCUUUUACAAGUUUCGGGCUCAUUGCCGAAGGCGGCGCUUCAGUGGGCUUCGUGAGGUGUAUGGGCGCGAGUAAAGCGACAGAAGCACUUCUUAUGAGUCGAAAGAUUUUAGCAGAUGACCUUGUAGCCUGUGGGUUUGUUAACAAAAUCUUUAAGGAUUGCGGCGAGGGUGAGGAUGAGAAGCUAAGUGAGCGAGUGGUUGCACAUGUCGAUGAUAUUUUGGGUCCUCAUCUAGUGGGUUCGAGCUUGCUUAAGACUAAGAAGUUCCUCGUAUUAUCGAUGAAGCGGCAGAUUGAUCAGAGUGUGGUGACAGAGUUGAUGGGAGGGGGUUGAAGAGGCAGGCAUUGAGGAUUCCGCAGAGGGAGUUCGAGAAGAUUAAGAUGGGGGAGAAGAGACAUAAGUUGUAAUGCCGG